UGUACUCCAAUUAUUAAUUUUUGGAUUAUUAUGUAUUUUUAUAUUCCCAAUAAAAUUAUUUCAAGUAAUGAACGACGCACCCUUCACUGUCCCUCUGUCUGCCCAAAGUGAUUUUUAAGAAUCUCAAUUUGACUUCGAUCCAGACAAAUCUAUCUAUCUGCAUUUAGAUCCUUCAAGCCCUAGAAAUUUCAAUCAAUUCUCAAUCCUCCAGCAAUGCGGGAAUGGCUCAGUACAGGCAAUCUGGAUUCGACCGGGUAGGAGCCCGGAGCCACGGUAAUGGCGCGCAGCCGGAUCACGUUUCCAUCGGCGUUCGCUCGUCGUCUGCCCCCCCGGCCCACAAGUCCCACCGCAGCCGCCGCCUCAAGAGCCGGAAGCCCUCCACCGGCUCCGUCAUUGUCGUUCUCUGUCUUGGUUUUGUCGUCUCCGUCUUCACUUUCUUGCAUCUCUCCGGAGACAGAGAAAUAAAUGAUUAUCAUCCUCAGGACAAUGACUUGAGGAUUGAUUCUGAUUUUCUCACAAAUGUGACUCGAACGCAGAGAUCAAAAGUCAAGUUUGGGCGUGGUUCAGUGGCACAUGGUCGAGAUUCUAGGUAUUGGGACAGGGAUGAUAGGAGAAGGGAUGAGGAUUACAAUGAGGAUACCUUAGAGCACACUAACAGGGAUGAGCUGGAUACAUCCACUACCAAGGUUCCCUUUUCAAUGAAGGGGAGGAGUGGUGAUAAGAAGUCUUCUGUUGAUGAAUCUAAAGUUACAAAGACUAGAGGUGCUGGUUUGUAUAAUGAAGCUGGCCGUGAUGAACUGAAGAUGUAUGAGGAAGAAUAUGAGGCCUCUUUGAAGGGUGUUGGGGAAUCAAGACAGGAAAAUAACAACAAAAGUCAGUUCCAUAAUCAAAAUCAUGUAGGGCAUCAUAAUGAGGAAAUUGAUACUGAUGAUGAGUACGAUGAUGGCAUUGAUUUGAAUGAUUCUCAGGUGGAAGAAUAUGAUAAUAGCAAAGUCAACGAGGACAAUGCAGAUGUAGCCAGAUCCCACAAUGUGGAUGGCAUAGACUCUUCUGAUGAGGAACAGGUGGAUGCUUCCACUGGGGUUUCUGAUGAAAAUUCUUCUAUAAAUCAUUCUGGUAAAAUGAAUGCAAAUUCCAGGUCUGUGAGAGUUCUUGAUGGUCAAUCUGCUGGAAAGUCUACUUCUGAAAGGCGUUCAGCUCCUAGAAAGAAAUCGAGGCACCGCAAAUUUUCUGGUUCUUGUGAGAUGAAGUUUUUGAAUUCUACCUCACGGCUUGUAGAGCCUUUAGAAAGUCGGAAGUUUGCAAGAUUUUCCUUGCAAUAUACAGAAGUAGAAGAGAAACCCGAUGGUGAUGAACAAUGGGAGCCCAGAUUUGCUGGACAUCAGAGUUUAAUACAACGUGAAGAUUCCUUUUUGGCACAGGAUCAAAAAAUCAAUUGUGGCUUUGUGAGAGGUCCUAAAGCAUCUCCUAGCACAGGAUUUGACUUGGCAGAAGAUGAUGCAAAAUACAUCAGUACUUGCCACAUUGCUGUCAUUUCUUGUAUCUUUGGAAACUCAGAUCGGUUGAGAUCCCCUAUGGGUAAAAUGGUCUCACGUUUGUCAAGGAAAAAUGUCUGCUUUGUUAUGUUCGUGGAUGAAAUCACUUUGCAAACUCUUUCUUCAGAAGGCCAAGCACCAGAUAGGAUGGGGUUUGUCGGUUUAUGGAAGAUUGUGGUGGUAAAGAAUCUGCCCUACACUGAUAUGCGCAGAGUGGGGAAAAUUCCAAAACUCUUGCCACAUCGACUUUUCCCAUCUGCCAGGUAUUCCAUUUGGCUCGAUAGCAAACUACGACUCCAAGUUGAUCCUCUUCUAAUAUUGGAGUACUUCUUAUGGAGAAAAGGUCAUGAGUAUGCCAUUUCCAAUCACUAUGACCGGCAUUGUGUGUGGGAAGAAGUGUCCCAAAAUAAGAAACUUAACAAAUACAACCAUACGAUCAUAGAUCAACAAUUUGAAUUCUACCAGGCUGAUGGGCUGAGAAGAUUCAAUGCAUUGGAUCCAAACAAGCUUCUACCCAGCAAUGUACCUGAAGGGUCUUUCAUCGUGAGAGCACACACACCAAUGUCCAACUUAUUUUCCUGCCUUUGGUUUAAUGAGGUAGAUCGGUUCACUCCUCGUGAUCAGUUAAGUUUUGCAUAUACAUACCACAAGUUGAGGAGGAUGAAUCCUGGCAAACCAUUUUAUCUCAAUAUGUUCAAGGACUGUGAGAGGCGACACAUAGCCAAAUUGUUUCAUCACAGGUCAGAGGAGAGGAGGAGCAUCGCCCGUGGUUUGACAGAGUAAUGCCAUGUUGUGGUUCACACAGGAAGGUGGUCCUGUUUGUUUGUGCAUUAUACUAGGCAGCAAUCGUGCUGAUUUGGCUUGCAAACAAACUACAGAAACUGCUGGUUACUCUCGGUGUAAGUUGUACAUUGCUUAUCAAAUGGAAUGGGUAGAGGAUGAUCCGGCUGAUUCAUACUGCUGUCGACACGGCUAGGACCAAGCAAAAGCUCAAAUGUACUGGCCUAUCUUUACUCUCUCUAGGAAAAAAAAAGAAAAAAGAAAAAGAAAAGAUCAGCAUUUCUACCCUGUGUCAAUCAAAUCUACAUUUUAAUUGGUUCCACUGUUUGGGAACGAAAGAAGCACCCCAUACCUAACGCUGAGCUGUGGCUUCUUUCUACUAUUUUUUGUCUUGCGUAAAGGGUGCUAUUUCGUUGUCUAUGAUAUAAGUUUUGAGAGAGAAAUGUCCUUAGUACAGUGUAAUUGUCAAUUUGAUUUUGGUUGUCAAUCAAUUAUUACAUACC